AUGUCCCUUCAUACUACCCUCACGGCCAGCCGAUGCGGCCCGCUCGGCCGUUCGGAGCCUUUGCUCGGCAGGAGCGUCUCGCUGCCCGUCGACGGCCGCGUCGGGGCUGCUAGAAAAGUCGACCCUCCCGUCGUUGACCGUCUCUUUUCUUCUCCGUUGGAGCAGUACAAACGUUUUGGAAAGAGACCGGUCGCUAUGGCAAUCAAUCUGAUGCUGGCGGCUAUCACGUUAGCCGUCGCGGUCGAGUUCAUCGAUGCCGACGUGCGCCAUGCAUCCCAAUCACUGCGCCAUUUCUACGGGGUACUGGUGGCUAGCAGCGACAACCCAGAGGAAAACGGCGGUAUGCAUCACCGUGAAAAACUGAUGGACUCUCGCACUGACCUGGCGAAUGCUCUGGUGCGCUUGGCUGAGUCUUCCGGAACAAUCUCCGAAAGUGCGACCAAUCGUUAUAGAAUCAUAGAGUCUCCACUCCACCAUGAUGCCUUGAAGUUAACGGUUGUAUUUGACGCUGGAGAAGAACCCGUCCAGCUCAGUCUGCCUAACGCCACGAAUCUUGACAAAGUGAGAGCUGCUCUCAAGGACGACCCUACCUUCGUGCCAAUCGGCGAACAUGAAUUUUCUAAGUUGGUGGUUCCAGUGAUGGUCCAUGACACGAAGUAUAAGGACGAGCAUAAGUGUUUGGAAUGGUCGCUGAUGCCCACUUUCGCGGACAACGGCAACGGUCAGCUCUCAUUGCGACUACCCUACCACGUCUCCAGCUGCUCGGGAAUGCGCCUCCAUCUUUGGGCCAUGUGUGCCUUAUGGUUCAUGCUGCUCUGUGCUGUAGCGAGUGCGGUGAUGAAUCUGUCUGGUCUCGGGUACCGUACCAGGGUUAUCCACACUUUCCUGAGAGACUCCACUGUGCAGGAUAAGAUUACAGUCAUGAACUUGUGGUUGCUAUUCUCACUCAUCGGCAAUGCUGUCCAGAUGGUCGCUGUUGGCUACGCCUUCCUAGUGGACCGACCGGACAUAUAUAUGAGGUUAAAUCUGUUUGGCUUCAGCGCGGCUCUCGCUCUAGUGAGUCUAGUUCAGUACUUGGCGCAUUUUCGCUCCCUCUAUAUCCUCUACUCUACUCUGGCUCAUGGCAUCCCACAGAUCCUCAAGUUCUUGGUCGGCGUCUUCCCGGUAUAUCUGUCGUUUGUUGUAUGCGCGGUUUGUCUGUUUGGCUUUCACAGUCACUGGUUCGUCAGCUUGGGUGACUCGAGCAACGCUUUGUUCUCACUCUUGAAUGNNNNCCUACUCCAACACUGCCAAGCAGGUGCCCACUUACGCAUGCCCACAAGGAGCUGUAUAAAAGCCCGUACCACCGCUACGGUCGCUAACAGCAGUACAAUUACAACAUACAGAAGCGUGCAGUAG